UAAAAAGAAACAAAAAAGAAAUAAGAACAUACUUGCAUGCAACAUAUUUCUUCUGUGCAGGUAGAUGGCAUGUAUGUUUUAUAUUUUACACAUUAUUAUAUAAUAUACUAUUUUCAAAGCUUCACAUAAGUCCUGGAGCAGUUGGUCUGUGGUUCAAUCUCCCACCUCCCCAGUGUAAAUAUAAUUUAUUGUAAGGUUUUUAUAAUUAUUACAGAAAAGCCUUUUGUCUUUUAUUUGGAUAUUGUGUAACUGCCCUUUUUUGAGCCACUGCCCUUAAAAAUGUCUGUGCACAACCCUGGUUCCUGUACACUAUACCGACCACUUGGUUAUGGUGUUCCAUGUAUGCCCUGCCUGCUAGCAUCUUGCAUCCCGCUGUUAUGUGCUUGAUUGUUUCAGGGGCAUCUUUGCACAGCCUGUACAUGGGGUCCUGCCUGGUGUAAUAGAUGCCAGUCUCUAUUGAUCUGGUUCUCGGGACCUGCUCCUAUGCUGCUAGGAUUAGUGCCUCCGUGCUGUCUUUCAGUUCAGCUUUGUCGAGCCCCUGGUAGGAUUUGUUGACACCAGCCACUUCUUCUAUCUUUUGGUGGUACAUACUGUGUAGAGGUUUGUCCUUUCAUGAGGGUUCCUCCUACUCCUUCCCCCCUGCUCUGGUUUCUAUUGCCUGAGGUAUUCACUAAACACAUUAUUUCUUCAUCUUCGGCCUCCUUCGUUCUACUUAGCGUACAGUCUCAGGGUGCUGGAUUUGUGGUAAAAUCCUCCAUGCAUUGUAAGUAGCUUCCUUGUCUCAAUGUCAGUGGUUUCCAUCUCCUCUUUUGGACAGCUUAUUAUAGGCAUACAAGCAUAGGUGUUGAUGGUGUAACAGAAAAAUUGUUCGUUUCUAACCAUACAGUAUAAUGUUUUCAUACAGUUUGUUCCUUGUUAUUAUUAAAUUGAAUGUUCAUAUGUAGGCAAUUCAUCUCUUAUGUCUUGCCAUAAAUCUGUUUUAUAUAUUUGACAUUUCUCAGCUGGCUGCUAUCUGGCUUCCAGACCCCAAAGCCGAGGAGCUGUGUCUCACUGUCUCUUGACAUGUGUGCUCCUUCUCCUCAGCUAGCGAGACUCCAGCAGUUACAGGUGGUACUAGAAAAACACCACAUAUUAUGACUUCUGAGUGAGAAUGGACAAAAGAGAAAUUCCAACCUGCCCAGAGAAAGGCACAAAAGGCAGAAGCAAUUUUGGAUCUUUGCAUUACACCUUCAUGGUAUACAGUAUGUUCUAAUCUCCGCAGCUAGUUUUUGGUUUGCUUUCUACAUUAUAUUUUAUUUUUCUCUGUUAAUACAAUAGAUUACACAAAACACAACUUUCUCAUCAGCUUCUUUAUUACAAAUUUCCUUCACAAUAGCUCAGACUUUGUUCUUUCCAUUCAGCUGACCUUCCCUAUCCUUUUGGGGGUAUUUAGUGGUUGCUGUUUUCAUGAUUCUGAUUUCAAGGUAUUUGUAGCUAACCAUCUGCUAUCUUGCCUUCUGGUAGUUCUAUCCCCUGAGUUCUGACUACCUUUCCUCUCCUUGCUACCAUCCGAAGACACCUAUCCAUUCAGCGAGAAUAUACACACACGACUAGGGAAUACACACAAGCCUAGUGAUACACACAAGAUUAAUCAUCCACAGCAGUCAGGUAAGUUAUGACACCACUGAAGACUGUCACUUGAAAUGUAUGUGGAAUCAAUAAGGUUAAACGAUUUGAAAUAUUUAACCAUUUGAAAACCCUACAAGCAGACAUUGCUUUACUACAUUAAACUCAUAUUUCCAACGUCAACUGGUGUUCCAUAUGAAAGAGUGACCACGUGAACUGAUGACCAACUUCCAGUGAGUUGUUUUACCUGGGUGACAUCCUGUUAGCUGUCCCUGUCAAUGCCUUGGUUUACGUUACCUACCUGUUAGCGCGUGCGCUCUCCGUAACAGAGUAAUCUAUGGACGGAGCGCAGCGUUUAACUUGUGUUUUGUGUCAUGUUUUUUUGUGAACGAUCAGGAGCGCCUUGUCCUUUACUGACUGACCUGUUACCUGCUGGCAGACGCUGUCAGCACCUAAGUAAAAUGUGGGUGAAGCGAAGCAGAGUCAGAGCAGUGCAGGUCUCAGCAGACAGUUUAAAAUGAAGGAAGAUUUGGGACAUCCAGGGUUUGAUGUCUUUUAAAAAACUUUAAAUUUUGACUAUUUGAUCUGUUUCAUUUGGUUCCAAAGACAUUUAUAGCUGAGUAUCAUCUGAAAAUUUAUAAUGCUUCCUAAUAAUCUCACCUAGAGGAGACAUGUAUAGACUGAACAGUAUUGGACCAAGCACAGAACCCUGCGGUACUUUAUAGCUAAUCCUUUGUGCAUGUAGAGAAUUUGUCAUUAAUGUAAUACUUAACUCUGGGUAGUUGUAUGAGCCCGAAGUGUAUUACGUUAAUUGGAGGAACACUUCUAACAGAUCUAACAGGACAAUGACAGAGACCAGACCAUUGUCUGAAGCUAAGGGAAGAUCAUUAGUGACUCUAUAAGGAUUAAGGUGACUGUUCUCCACUGUGUAGCUACAUGACAAUGAGCAAAAGAUGAUGGAAUCAUCUGCUUGAAUCUGGCAACAGCAUCAUCUGAUCAUCUUCUAUAGCAAAAUUUCUUUCCAGCUGCUGCAAAGUCAAUUAUGCUAAAUUCAAAAGUUAAUAAGAAAUGGUCAGAUAACAGAGGGUUUUUGGGGAAGGACUGUUAAAUUAUUCAUUUCAACCCUAUAGGUCAGGAUGAGAUUGAGGGUACGAUUAAAGCAAUGAGUGGGUUCAUUUACCUGCUGAGUAAAACCAAUGGUGUCUAUUAAUGAGUUGAAAGCAGUGCUGAGACAGUUGCUGUCAAAAGCUACAUGAAUGAAGUCUCCCACUACAAUGACUUAAUCUGUGCUAAGAACUAAGUGAGAUAAUAAUUCUGAGAAUUCAGAUAAGAACUCUGAAUAUGGAGCAGGAGGACAAUAAACAAUACAAAACACAACUGGCUUCUCAGUUUUAGAGUCUGGGUGAGAAAGGCUCAGAGUGAUACUCUCAAAUUAGUUAUAACUAUGUUUAGGUUUAGCGGUAAUUAAUAAGUCUGACUUAAAUUGCUGCUACUCCUCCAAAUUUACUUGUACUUCUAGGAACAUGAUAGUAAAUGUCACUCAUUAGAGCUGACUUAUUAAAACAAACAUUCAUCCUGCUGCAGUGAGACAGAACAGAUCUAUGUGAAGAUCACUUAUGAAGUCCUUUAUUUACAAGGAUUUACAUGAGAGAAAUCUGAUAUUUAAUAAACCACACUUUAUUAGCUUACUCUUACUCUGUUUUGUAAGAGGAAUCAUUUCCAUGGUUAUUAAACUCUGGUAAGUCACUCCUCUUUGAUUUGUUUGUGACUUGUGUGACAGCCUGGGCUGUGUUGUGUCCUGUGUGGGCUGUGCGUGUGGGCGGGCCUUGGGUCUUUCCAACAGGUCAUGUGCUGCUUUGGCUCCUCCUCCAGCUAUUUAAGCUGGUGGAUUCAGUCAUUUUGUCUUUCUUCUCCAGGGCAUAUGGUUUGCAGUUGUGUUUGUGUGGCUUCUUGUUAUGGUUUGGAUUGAUUCAUUUCUAUACACAUCCCUGCACACUUUACGCUAAUAUUACUGAUUUACUUGUGGUUAAGUUUUCGUUGUUUGUUUUGUCUUGUGUUUAAAUAAACAAUCAAAUUAGAACUAUCAUGUGUGGGCCUCAUCUAUUCGUCCUGCCUAAGAACCGGGUUGUGACAAAUGGGGGCUCCUCCAACGGCUUUUUUACUUGUAGGGUGUGUUAAGUGCUUUUGGAAGGAGUCACACAUGGUGGGGGAUAGCAUUAGUUACUGGUUGGUUUGUUUGACUUUGUUUCGUCUGGGAGUUCUUUGUUUAAUUUAGUAAGUGGUAGUUUGAAGUGACUGGAGUCUUUCUGUGAGGUUUAGCAAUAAGUUCUAUUAAAGACAUUGUUGCAGUUUCAAUAGUUUAGUGUGGUGGUGAAGGUAAGUAGCGCCAUAUGCUCGGGGUCACGUCCGCAGGUUUCUGUUAAGAAUUUUGGUUGUUGGAAAAACUAAAACUUGCCAGAAAAUGCCAUUGUCUUCAAUGCUAAGUUUGAUAUUUCAACAGAGAUUUUGUUGUUGCAAAUGGAGCAUGAAAAAAAAAAUUCAGCAACGGGAAUUGGAAGCUUAGUUAUUUAGGCAAAAAAAGGAACAGGAAAAACUAGGCUUGUAACAGUUUAAACUUGACCUGAUUAAAGAAGGCAAGAUUGCAAUGAAUGGUUUUGGUGACACUCAUGCUGUUGGUGGUUGAUGUGAGACUACACGUGGGAAUAUUGUCAGUAAUUUGAAGUUGCUGCCAAAGUUCAAUGAGAAUGAUUUCUUUUUUUUCCUUGUUUGAGCGCCUUGCAGAGUCCAGGAAUUGACCAGAUCAGGACUGUACAAUGAUGCUGCAGUGUAUCCUCACAGCAGCCCCUCUAGUCAUGGAAGGAAUCAAGAACUAAAAGAAGAAGAAGUAAAAUGUCUUCACCUGCUGGCUGGACGAUGGUUUGACACUGGAUCCCACCAGAACUGACCAGAACCAGGUCCUCCGGAUGGAGCCUGAUCACCUGUUAAAGCAUGUCUGUACCCAUGUGCUCCGGCCUGAGAAACCGUAGACACACUCGAAACAACUACAGUACACAGCGAGGUAGAAAUGAGCAAAGUAGUUUUAGAAGACUAUGGAUCAGUCGUAGUCUACUUCACAGUGAAGUUUUAGUUUAGGAUCAGCCUUCUCCUAUUUUGCUUCUUUCCACUUCUCUUUCUGUCUGUUUUCAUCGGUUUUACUGAAAAACUGUUGAUGGUAACACCAGAGGAACAUUUCCACUCCUGUCGGGGGUCAGAUUGAAAGCAGACGUGACGUGUGUGUGUGUCUCUCUCUCUCUCUCUCUCUCUCACCGUACUGUUAGUCAAUGUCUUUUGCUCUUUAUUUUUUCUUCCUUCAGCACAGCAGCCUCUCUCCCGCUGUAGGUCUAUGUCUCUCUGCCCAUCGCUGCCCACUCCCUCUCCCACUGUGAGCCAGUCUGUUACUUUCCAUUCGUUGUUCGUCUGGAAUUCACUGACACUGAAAAACGGUGUAAGUAAUAAAAGCAGAAAAGGAAGAAGAGCAGCAGCUUCAGUUCUAUCUGAAGGUCAAAGGUUGCUGACAUCAUGUUAUGACUGCCAGCCGUCGAUCAUCGGUUCAGAACCAGUCAGAGAACAGAAAGCUGCAACUUGGUUGAGUGAUGACCAGACAUCAUAGGAGCACAAGUCGUGGCUUUACAGGUUAUUUGUUGGGAUCCAUUACCAUGAUGGCGUUCAUCAAAAGUAAUACUGGAAGUCGAAACCUGCUGCACUUCCUGUUAGGUGUAUUCCUGGUUUUCCAUAAUGAAGCCAUCUGUCUGGAGCUACUCCCAUCAGCCUCCAAGGUUCUACUGAACUCAAGUGCCAACUUUACUGUGCUGUGUUCAGGGUGGAGUCAGGUGACAUGGCAGCUACCUCAAGAGACUGCAAUUGAGGGGGUUCUUGUAGAGACCCAGGGCUCAGAGAGCUCCUUGCAUCUCUUUAAUGCCACCUGGCGGAGCUCUGGCAGAUACACCUGUGAGGAGGCCUCAUCCUACCAGAGCAGACAGAUUGAUGUCUUCAUACCUGGACAAGGCCCAGGUGAAUGGUUUGUCCCAAUGGGUCCAGGUGUGGUAAUGAAGGAGGCAGAGGAAGGCACCAUUCCCUGCGUGGUGUCUGACCCCCAGCUAAAUGUCUCUCUAUAUGAGCGUGCAGGUCGGACUGAAGUUCUUCAAACAUCAUAUGAGCCAGGUCGUGGCUUUACAGGUCAUUUGAACGACACAUCAUAUGUGUGCUUGGCCACACGUGAGGAUGAGAAGAGGGAGUCCCAGGUGUUCUAUGUCUUCAGUAUCAUAGUUCCCAAGAAGAUGGAGGUGGACCUGACGGUGUCUGGCAGUGUAUUGAAACGGGGGGAGGUUCUCACAGUAAAUUGCACUGUUAAAGAGACUGAGCUGGUUUUCUUCGACUGGAACUUCCCCCGCCAAGAGGUUAUUGAGCCACUGACAGACUUUCUUCCCAAUCGGAUCUGCUCCUUUGUUAACAUCUCCAUGGCAACAAUGUCAGACUCUGGUGUGUAUUUGUGUGAGGUGAAGGAGAUGACAACAGGACAAACUGUUUCAAAAAACACCACAGUGACAGUACUGGAUCGAGGUUAUGUCUACCUGCGGCCAUCAGGUCAGACCAGUGUGUCCACUCUGCUGCAUCUCAUGGUGGAGUUCAGUGUGGAGAUUGAUGCGUAUCCUGCACCUACCGUCCUCUGGACCAAAGACAACCAGACUGUUCCCACAGAAAAGAGCUUCGUCACCACCACACAGCUGAAAGGCAGCAGGUAUUUAAAUACACUGACGCUGGUGCGAGUUCAACUGGACCAGAGAGGAAGUUACAAAGUGACUGUUACCAAUGAGGAUGACAUAAUGAUGCUCAUCUUCAACUUAGAGAUCAAAGUGCCCCCUAUCAUCACAGCUCUGUCUGAGGUGGGCAGUACAGCAGUGCUGUGUGUCAGCGAGGGAGCUCCACCCCCUUCGGUCACCUGGUACACCUGCCACAUCUCACACAGGUGCAGUAAUACGACUGUUGGGUGGAGGAGCCUUUCAGCUGUUUCUGAGGGUGUGUUUCUGCAGGAAAACAUCACUGAGAUAGAGGACAGAGGGGUCACGCAGGUAUGCAGCUUGUUGUCUCUACAGGCUCUCCGCUCCCUGUCCGCUGUCCGCUGUGAAGCCCAAAACACUGCAGGGCAACGGGCCAGAGAUGUCCGGCUACUGUCCACCUCUCUUCUGUCUCAAGUUGCAGUAUUUGUAGCAGUUUUGCUUCUGGUCGUUUUUGCUGUCAUUUUCCUCAUCCUCCUCAUUCUGCUCUGGAGAAAAAAACCUCAGUAUGAGGUUCGUUGGAAGGUCAUUGAGUCCGUCAGUGCUGAUGGACAACAGUACACCUAUCUUGACCCAAAACACCUGCCUUACAACCCCUGCUGGGAAAUACCACGAGACAACAUUGUUCUAGGGCCGGUGUUAGGGGCAGGUGAGUUUGGUCGUGUCGUCGAGGCAACCGUCUCCGACCUGACUCACUCUCAUUCUACAAUUAAAGUGGCUGUGAAGAUGGUGAAAUGGAGCAGCGGUGCUGGUCAGGCUCUGAUGUCAGAGCUAAAGGUUCUGAUUCACCUGGGUCCUCACCUGAACAUCGUUAACCUGCUGGGAGCCUGCACGAGAGGAGGUCCUGUCUACCUGAUUACUGAGUUCUGUCAUCAUGGAAACCUUGUGAACUAUCUACAAAGAAACAAACACACCUUUCUACCGAACAGCACACACGCACAGAGCAACAGUGAUGGAGGCUACAUGGACAUGAACAAAGAGAAGAGCCUUCAGUACGUUGCCAUGCACCAGCUCAACCAUGCCAAAAUCGAGUCCGCUGUGUAUGAGGCGUCAUGCAUUUCACCAGACCAGCAGAAGACAUCCUCUCCGCUCUUUAAUGACUCCUCCCAGCUCAGCCUUAAUGAUCUACUGAGCUUUUCCUACCAGAUCUCUCAGGCCAUGGACUUCUUGAAGUGGAUGGCACCAGAGAGCAUUUUUCAGAACAUCUACAGCUGUCAGAGCGACGUGUGGUCCUAUGGUGUUCUGUUGUGGGAGAUAUUCUCUCUAGGUACAACCCCGUACCCUGACCUCCCUAUCACCCAGGAGUUUUACUCUGCUCUGAAGAGAGAACACAGGAUGACCCGGCCCGAACAUGCUCCCCUCACCGUGUAUGAGAUGAUGACAUGCUGCUGGGAGCAGCAGCCUCAGGCCAGACCUUUGUUCAGUUCGCUGCUUGUCUCCUUUGGAAAAUUGUUGACUGAUGAAUGCAAACAGCAUUUGCAGCAUCUGACAAACACCUUUCUGAGAGGAGAUCCAGCUGUGGUUCGAUCCAGACUGAGUUCAUGUAGAGCUGCUGAAGACCACGAAGACCAAACCGGAAGCCCAACCUCGCAGGUGAGCGUUAACCUAUUUGAGGUAGGGCCAGUAAAGGCAGGCCCUUCCCACAGCACCUACACCAUCCCAAUCACUGACAUCACCGUCGAACCCAGCAGUGGCACUGUGCUGGACGCAGACAGCCCUCAUCUGUCAGAUUCACCAUCACACUCCACCUGUCAGGACAUGACAUCACUAGAGAACAAAGAAGAUGCUGAGGAGUCUCCUGCUUCAUCCUGUAGCUGUGAAUAUGAAGAGGGGAGCUGCCUGUGAGGGCCUUGGCUGCCUGACAGACAAGAUUUAGGUUUAAGUAGUGUUUCUGGCAGGCACCGUAGAGAGUUUAAUUAGCCCACAGUAUCAGGAACAGGUAACGUUUCUUAAUAUGUAGACCUUUAUUUUAUAAACAGGAAGCAGAAAUAUGCAUGCGGGUACAGAAGGCUGGAACAGAUAUAUGGAUAUAAUGAAUGGAUAUAUGACUUUAACCUUCUUGUAAUCUCUAUAUUAAUCUGAAGUGUUAGUAUAUAAUGAAUCUGUGACACUUAAUACAAACAACAACACCUCUUAUUAAUUAAAGGUGAUUCUUUGAGA